AUGGUCCUCGCACAACCCCCAAACCAGCAUGUCAUGAAAGCCUUCGAUCUCACAGGCAAGGUCGCAGUUGUGACUGGCGGCGCUCGUGGAAUUGGCCUUGAAGUCUCUCGGGCAUUGGCCGAAGCCGGUGCAAAUGUCGCCUUGAUCUAUCACUCAUCCAAUACAGCCGAUAAAGUUGCAGCUGAGAUUGCAUCUACCAAUAACGUACGUGCAGCAGCGUAUAAGGCCAAUGUAGCCGUUCAGUCUGAGAUCGAGACAGCUGUGCAGCAGAUCGCGAAGGAUUUCGGACAACUUGAUAUCAUAGUUGUUAACUCUGGUAUUGCCUCGAAUAUCGCUGCUGAAGACUACACGCCUGAUCAAUGGAGUGAGAUCAUGAAGGUCAAUCUUGAUGGUGCUUUCUAUUCUGCUCAAGCUGCCGGUCGGAUAUUCAAGGAACAGGGCCGUGGAAAUGUUAUCUUCACGGCUUCUGUCAGCGCGACUCUGGUCAAUCUCCCGCAGAAGCAAGCGGCUUACAAUGCGUCGAAGGCGGGAGUUGUUCAGCUUGCUAAAUGUUUGUCUGUUGAGUGGGUUGAUUACUGUCGAGUCAACUGCAUCUCGCCUGGAUAUAUCGCUACGGAGAUUCUGGAUGGUUUCCCCGAGGAAUGGCGGGACAAGUGGUUUGACUUGAUUCCUGCCAAGAGAAUGGCUGAAUCCUAUGAGUUGAAGGGGGCCUAUGUGUUUUGCGCCUCGGAUGCGUCUAGCUAUAUGACUGGUGCAAACCUCGUUAUUGACGGAGGAUACACUUUGCCUUAG